GGAAGUUUUGAGUUCUGGAAGUCACAGGCUGGCCAAGCGCUGCAUGGUGCCAGAAGACGAGAAAAGCGAGGACGUGACGAGCAAGCGACGCCUUGUUUGCACUGGCAGCUAUGGCGGACGGAGGCGCCGAGGUCCCAGCCACGAACCCAGAGCAGGAGCAGACGGCUGAGGUGCAGCAGCAUUUUGAAAAUUUGCAGAGCGCUCAUCAUGAGCAUCAUGAGCAGGAGGAGCAACAUGAGCAGGAGGAGCAGAACGGGUUGACUAGCGAUGUCCCUGUUCCUGGCACGGAGCCAGUGGCGCCAAACACUCCAGCUCCUCACUCGGCAACCCUUAUCCAGGAGUAUGUGAAGCUGUUUGCGGGAUCAAUUCCGAAGACAUUCACAGAGGGAGAGAUUAAGCCUCUCUUUGAUGAAUACGGGGAGGUCUUGGAGAUUGUGCUCAUCAAGAACAAAAUUACCGGUACAAGUCAAGGAUGUGCUUUUAUCAAAUACAAGACUGUAGAAGAAGCAGAGAAAGCAAUUGCAGGUCUCCAUAACAUGAAACAACUACCUGGGGGCAACGGACCAAUCCAGGUCCGUUAUGCAGAUGGAGAGAGGGAGCGCCUCGGCAACGUGGAGCACAAGCUGUUCGUGGGGAACAUGAACAAGACAGCGACCGAGGACGAGAUCAGAGAGGUAUUUACUCCUUAUGGAGAGAUUGAGGAUCUGUACGUUAUGAGGGGCCCGGACAAGGUCAGCAGAGGGUGCUGUUUCGUCAAGUACUCCUCGCGCGACGCGGCUCUUGGCGCUAUCAAGACCCUGAACGGAGCGCAGACCAUCCUGAACGGCGAGUAUCCUUUGGCAGUCCGCUUUGCAGACACCAAGCGGAGGGGGGAGCGGGAAGAACCUAGGGCGGGUAGGGAACCGGCGUAUGCUGGGGGCAGGGGUCCCGGUUCGAGAGCCCCCCCUCCCCAGUACGGAGCUCCAUAUGCGGCCCCCGCGAGGGGGCCUCCUUAUGCCGGCAGGGGAUACGCCCCCCAGGCUCCGUAUCAGCCGGCGCCAUACGCACCCCCCCAACAGCCGUCUUAUUACCAGCCUCCGGUACAGCAACCGCAGUAUGCCCCGCCCCCCCAGCAGUACCAGCCCCCCCCACCUACGCCCCAGCACCCCCCCCGGUGUCCCCCCGCUGCGCAAUCCGAUUGGUCGGAGCACACCUCCCCCGAGGGGUACAAGUACUAUUACAACGCCAAGACGGGGCAGAGCGCCUGGGAGAAACCGGAGGGCUUCGACGGUCCGGCGAAAGAGCCAGUCCGGUCACCCCCCCAGUAUGCGCCGGCCGCGCCCGCCCCAGCCGCGAGCGACUGGACGGAGCACACGUCUCCGGAGGGGCUAAAGUACUACUACAACGCAAAGACGGGGCAGAGCUCCUGGGAGAAGCCGGCGGAGAUGUCUGCGCCCCCGGCUGCGCAGCCGCAAUACGCUGCGCCCCAGUACUCGGCUCCUGCUCAGCAGUACGCGCCUCCCCAAGCCGCCCCGUAUCAGCCCCCCCAACAGCCCGCAUUCACCGCACCGCCCGCUGGUGGGAAGGCGGCCCAGUAUCAGCAUCAGAACGGCCCCCCGGGGGCGAACCUGUUCAUCUUCCGCAUCCCUGACGACUUUGACGACGACAAGCUACUGCAGACGUUCCUCCCGUUCGGGAAGGUGAUCCACGCCAAGGUCGGGAUGGACCGGGACACUGGCAAAAGCAAGGGGUUCGGGUUCGUUAGUUACGACAAUGUUGAGUCAGCAGAUGCUGCCAUUCAGGCGUUGAAUGGCAUCACAAUUGGAGGCAAGCGUCUAAAAGUGGAGAAAAAACGUGGAGAGGAUGGAUCUAGUGCGACUACAUACAAACCCUAUUAGUGUGACUGAUGUCUGGCCGCUCCUUGGGUCUGCCACGUUAUGCAGCUGUGCAGACGUGAAUCAACCAUGUUGUAGUGUUAUUGGUGUGGCCGCCUUAUUAUCCAUCAUUGGAGUAUUGAAGCGGCUUUUACAAGGCUGUGUGGCAUGCAUCACACACGUGCCCGUAUACGUUUCUUUU